UAUCAUCAUGACGUCGAAUUUUAGUUAAACAAGUGCAUUUGAAAUUGGUUAUAAGGCUCGAAGUGUUUCGUUAUUGCCACAGUUUAUGACGACAACUCGACCAGCACAAACAUGUGCUCCAUUGAUUGCUUAUUGAGUCCAUUAAUUGUUUGGCCGGUAAUGCUUGCCCUUGGAAUUUACUUUUUGAGAAAAUACACCCAAGGUGGUCAGUUUACAAAGAAAACAGAUGAAACCGGGAAGGUUGUGAUUGUAACCGGUUCGAAUACGGGAAUUGGCAAGGAGACUGUCCUUGAACUGGCACGUCGAGGUGCUACUGUCUAUAUGGCAUGCAGAGAUAAGAAGAGAACAGAGCAAGCUCGAUUGGAGAUUAUUAGAGAAACCAAUAAUCAGAAUGUUUUCUUCCGUGAAUUGGACUUGUCAUCUCUUGAUUCCGUUCGGAACUUUGUGACUGGGUUUAAAGCUGAACAGAACAGACUGGAUAUUCUCAUUAACAAUGCAGGAGUAAUGCGUUGUCCACGCUCACUGACCAAGGAUGGCUUUGAACUACAAUUGGGCGUCAAUCAUAUGGGCCACUUUUUGUUAACCAACUCUCUACUGGACUUGCUUAAGAAAUCGUCGCCUAGUCGCGUGGUCAUCGUGUCCAGCAGAGCACACACUCGAGGCACAAUCAAUGUGGAUGAUUUAAACAGCGAGAAAUCCUACGAUGAAAAGAGCGCCUACAAUCAAAGCAAGUUGGCCAACGUGUUGUAUACCCGUGAAUUGGCCAGACGCUUGGAGGGAACGGGUGUGACUGUCAACUGCCUGCAUCCAGGUCAAGUCAACACAGAAAUCAGUAGACAUAUGCCAUUUUUCCAAACAUUUUUUGGACGCAUUGUGUUAAGCCUUUUGAUAUGGUUGUAUGUCAAGACACCAAAGAGUGGCGCCCAAACUACUUUGUAUGCUGCUCUGGAUCCAGAUUUGAAUGGCGUAACUGGACUGUACUUUAGUGAUUGCAAACCAAAGCAGGUGGCACCCGCUGCUCUAGAUGCGAAUACUGCCAAAUUUCUUUGGGAGGAGAGCGAGAAAUGGACUAAAGCACCUAAACUGUAUUAGUUGCUUCAUAGUUUUCUUAAAAGAAUUCAAGAAAGCAUUGAAUAAGUUAUCUAUAUAUUGUCAAACAUAUAUUGUAUAUGAACUGAUUCUAAUAAACUAUUGAAACAUUAGUUGAAUAUGUUCUAAACUUAUUACGUGGUAUGUAUCGAAACCAUCACCAUGACUGUGCACUGCCGUUUGACUCAUAAAUUGUUGCUCGAUGUUUGCGAGUCGUUUCCCGAAAAUUAUCUGCGUUGUCCAGUGGGUGUUUGAAGAGCUUUGAUAGGGGAGCCUAUUAAAAGAUAGAACAAAAAUAAUCUACGACAAGAAUGGAACAGGCAUUUAUUAAUAAUUUUUGAGGAGACGAACAAUUAGUAUAUUUUCAUCUGCACUUUUCAUGUGAAUGGAACUCAACUCUCAAGUUUGUUUCUGAUUUGACUGUCGUUACUAGAUACAACCUAAUGGAUGUGUCAAUUGCUGCAAAGGAUGGGAAAUCCGUAGGAAGAGAGCGAGAAAUAUAUGACUGCCAAGCAGUGAUAUAUCAUUUUAUUUCCAAAUUAUUAUUUUGGUACUUAAUUUUUAUAUCGUUAAGGUAUUUAAUUAU